AUGAGUCAGUUCCGGCUCCGGCAGCUCUCCGAUGCCUGGGCACAGUGGUCACAUUUCCUGUACGAUGUUGAACUGGUAGAGCUCAAUGCCUCCUUGUUGUCUUCCACUGGGGUCGCUCCACAUGUGCUCAAUCACACUGAGGAGGUGAUCGUCAGGAUUCUGCAUGUUCCGGACACACACUUUUCGAAGUCGUCCGACAUGAGCCCUUGGUCCGACCGUAUGCACAAGGCCUUCGCGAGCCCCACAGAUUGGGAGACGAGAGAGCACACCAGCACGCGCCGGGAACUUUUGAAGGCCCUGAAGUUUGCAAAGACGAUGGACGUGGAUCUUAUUGCCUUGGGUGGGGAUCUGGUGAAUUUUCCAUCACCCGAAUCAGUGAACGAUGUCUACCAGGAGCUUGCAAAGCUACGGACACCUUUUCUAUACACUGCUGGAAAUCAUGAUUGGCACCUGGAAAAGCUGAAUGGAUGGGAAACAACGUUUGACGCUCAGAUGAAACCCAACGAGAAUGGCCCUCUUAAGAAGCUCUACACCGCCAGCGGCAAAGGACUGAAAGGCGAGUUGUCAGAUCCCCGAUUUGGCUACGUUGAAGUGACUGAUGGUCUGAGAGUCGUUUGUAUCGAUAAUUCCAAUUUUCUGAUCGACUCGGAUCAACUUCACUUCUUCCUGCAGAUGAUGAACUCCUCUGAAUUCCUCGUGCUUUUGAUGCACAUCCCUAUCUACUUUCCAGGCCUCACUUGGGGGCCAUCCGAUGUGAUGGGUCAUCCUUUUUGGGGCGCUGCUACUGACCAGAAUGCCGAGGUCGAAGAGCGACAAAAGUGGCCGCUCGAAGCACCCCAGUUGGUGAGAGACUUCAUCCAAAGCGUAAAGACUGCAGCUGAGAAGAGGCAACUGCUGGCCAUUCUGACAGGACAUACCCAUGAAAAUGGUGUUGUACCUGUGCCAUGCGCAUCAACUUGCGAUGACUCCGGGGUGAAACAGUUCACUUCCCGUCCCAACUUUGGUGGUGGCUCGCGGCUGCUGGUGCUGCGUAUGCCAAACACAGCCGGGACAACAACAACAGCACAGGCCCCAAAGUGGCAGACCCCGCCGCCAAAUCGGUGGAUGCUCCAUGUGGAUCUGGACCUUCGCCUAGCUGCAGCGGCCUUACUGGUUUUUGGCAUCUUCUAUUUCUGGCGACGGAGCCGGUUGCCCUGCAGAACUGGGAACUCGCCCGUGAGCGAGCCCUACAUGCUUGGCGCAUCAGAGCCCAAGACAUGGGAAGAGGAGCAAGCCGCUAUCUGCUAG